AUGAACGCUGCGAAUGUCGCCUUCGAUCCAUGGACAGAGGUCGAAGGCCUUCUCGGCGCUCCGCCGUCGAGCAGCUUCGAUGUCGCUCUGCCGCAAGUGAUUGACUGGAAAAACGCCAAUGAGACCGCAAUUGAAGAACUCCGACUGAGCAUUUGGGACAGCAUCGUCUGCCUCAAGCACCUCGAGGGUCGCCGAGGGUGCCAGGAGCUUCGGCGAAAUCGCGCCGUCCUGAUCGACCACGCGCAGACGCAGUUGCAGCGCAAGAGGCUGGCGCGCUGUCAGGGGAGGAUUUUGGAGAGCUCGUCGGAGCUGUUGGAGGAGGGCGUCAUCGAGGGGUUUGUCUUCGGCCUCGUGCCCUGCAACGGCGAGGCCGUCGGCGGCGCCUCCGCCAACCUCCGCGCCUGGUGGAAGGACGCCGUCCGGUUCGACCGCGAAGGCCCCGCGGCGAUGGCCGCGCACUGCGCGGAGGCGGGGAGCCAGCUGGUCAUGGCUGACUUCUCUAUCCCCGCCGCCUUGGCGGAGCUGCAGGACGGCAUUUUGAGCUCGCUCAUCUCGACCUUGAUGCCCAUCUGCGAGCCGCCGCAGCGCAAGUUCCCGCUCAGAAAGGGCAAUCCACCGCCGUGGUGGCCGGCCGUGGAGGACGAGCAGGAGGAGGAGGACUGGUCUCGUCCGCCCUACAAGAAACCACACGACCUCAAGAAGUCCUGGAAGGUGAGCGUCCUGAUUGCGAUCGUCAGGCACCUGAUGCCCGGCAUCGACAGGAUCCAGCACUCCAUCGAGCGCAGCGUGUGCCUGCAAGACAAGAUCACCGCCAAGGAGGUCGAAAUUCUAGACGCCGUUCUGGCGCACGAGCUCAGGAGGCAUUUCAGUAGCAGCAGCAGCAGGGAGUGCCCAAGAACAAUUUCGCCCUUCUUCCUCCACCGCCGGAGCAGCGUGAAACGACAAGAGCAGAGUGUGAUGCAGGAAAGCUUCAAUAUGCAACAACAGCCUGUGCUCCCAUUUCGUCUGCCUACGAUCGAGGAGGGGAUGAACCCUACUACUAAGCAUUCACUGCCGGAAAGCAUAUUACUUUGGUCUGAGUUGUUCCCCGCUGAGAAGAACAACCAAUUCUUGGAGCCUGUUCUAGAGCAGGACGAUGGAGCAGGCUCUACUGCGGAUAACUUCUUGAUCAUGAGUCGACUGGAUGCACUGCCUGCUACUCGAGCGUUGGAAAAUUUCUCCAACUUUGAGGAAUAUGAUUGGUCCAAAGAGUUUGCAGUCUAA